ACUUUUAAUGUAUUAAAUUAAGAAAACCUUCGGAGUGCUGAACAAAAAAUUCCUAGUAAAAAAUUUAAAAAUUUUGGCAAAAUGUCCUACAAUCACGACUUAGAAACCGCGACCGAACUACCUCCUAAAAAACUCACUCAGCUAAAGGCUAGCACAAGUCCCGCGCUACCCAGGCCAUCGAUUAUCCGCAAUUAUUCUGAGAAACUGGAAAACAAUAAGCGCAAUGGUUUGGAUCUGGAAUUAUCAGACGAUACGGAAGCAGUGAUCGUGAAGAAAGUGCGCUGGGCUCCAAUUAUCGGGGCCAGGAGCUCGAGUAAGUGCUUCAACUACACAACUCCAUCGAGCACAAAACAGAUCCCAUUCGACCAGGAUACACCAGAUGAGGUGCGGCUGGCCCAUGAGCUGCGGCUGGCAGUGCAUCGCGGUGGUGGUUCCAUCGAUCCCGAGAAGAAUUUCGAGCUGCGAGCUCAUCUUUCGCCCUUACAGCUGCCUUACAGCCAGGUUCAGCGUAUCUUGAAGGAGUGCGAGUUGUACGAGCGUGAUUAUAACACCUAUUUCCUUUACAUGGACUACGGUCGUCAACUGGUGGCAAUGGUUUGCAAGGUCAGGACUAAUAACCUCAACGAGAUGAAGCUCCGCUUGGCCAAUUUCCUGAGGCAAAACAAAUCUCGCUUUUUCAAUCGUCAUUUACUUUCGGAAACUGGCUUUAUAAAGGCCAAUUUCCCCAAGUCAAUGUUGAGUCCCGACGACUUUCAUCAAACAUUGAGCACAGAUGCAAUGUGGUGCAAAGCUACUGGCAGCUGCAUCACAGAUUUUGAAAAGAAUGAAGUUUUGUUCAAGUGCCAGCCCCAUGACCUGCGAGAGGUGACGGCCAAACUGAGGCAUUGUGGCUACAAGAUUAUCCACACCGAGCUGGGGUACUGCCCGAACAAGCCGAUGGUCCAUUUGAACGAUCGUCAAAUGAAGAGCUACCAGGAAUUUCUCAACCGACUCAAGCAGGACCAAGAUAUCGUGAAGGUCUACGAUAAUGUGCGGGUUCAGUAAUUUAAAAAGGAUUAUCGGAGGUUUUCUAAAUUGGGCGCAUUAAAUCGUCGCGUUUGUAAGCAAAUAAUAAUAAUUGAGGACUACUUUUAUAAAAAUGCUUGCCAUACUUUUAAUAUGAUAAUCAAAUCAGCUAACGGUUCUUUAAAAUAUAUUUAAUAUAUAAGAA